UUAUCAUGACAAUUUCUUAAUGAAGGUAAUUAAAAGUAAACGUAUGAAAAUGUGAUUAAUUGUUCUUACAAACUAGUGAAAUUUGGAAAACCAUUACUAGUGAUUUAAACUGUGAUUCCACUUAAUUAUCAUCUAAUUAGCAUGUUGAUCUCCAUCGAUCACAAUACAAACAUUGAUUAUUUCAUUUCAUAUAUUUACAAAUGAAAAUGUUACAACCAAGCAAGGGAUCAAUUAAAUUCACUUAUUUUUGGUUCACCAAUGAUUAACAAUCAACAAUUUGAUUUACUCGUGAUUAGUAAUUAAAACAAAAUUCAGCGAUUAGAAAACCAGUUUUUUAGGCUUGUAUUUUCUUCUGCUUCCCUUUCUCUCUCUCUCUUUUUUGUGUCAAUUUGAUUUUCUUUUCUUCAUCUUUUUCUGUGUUUAUCACUUGGAGUUAAUUGCGAUCAUUGGGUUACCCCUGAAAUUUGAAUUCUGUGUCUUCAUUGGUUGUGAACAGUUGUUUCUUUUUAUUUGUUUUCUUUUCAUCUCAAACCACAAAAAAACAGCAACAAUCAGGACGGAGAAUCAUUUUGAUGAGAAUUAUUUUUCUAUUCUCUUUUCUUUUCUCUUCUCUUCUUCUUUCUAUUUUUUUUACCAUUUUAUCCACAAGAAGAUAACCAGUUAAAACCUAAAACUGGGUAGAAAGAGAGAUAGAGAUAGAGAUAGAGGAUAGAAAAAUUGUUCGUGUGUUUAUGGGAGAAAAAAAGUAAUAAGUAGGAGAUCGGUGCCAAUUCUCAUUCUACUCUAACAAACAUCUCAUCAUGUCAUCUGAUGUUAAUUGUUCUCGGAAACCACAUCAAUGUGCUAAUUGUACUAAAUCAUUUGCAUCCAGCCACCAAUUGGCUCAACACUCGAGAAUCCAUACUGGAGAGAAACCUUAUAAAUGUCAAUUCUGUGAUAAAUCUUUCAAACAAUUAAGCCAUCUUCAACAGCACACAAGGCUACACACAGGAGAGCGACCUUAUAAAUGUCCGAAUCUUGAUUGUGGACGUACCUUUAUUCAAUUGAGUAAUUUACAGCAACACAUGAGAACUCACAUGACAAGCCAAGAAAAAAUGGAAAAGGAUCGGGAUAAGUGUCACUAUUGUGUUAUUUGCAGAAAGGGUUUCAAAGCUCAAGCAAAUCUGCUAACCCACAAGUGUAAACAAAAAGGAUCUGGUACCCAUAGAAAUCCAACAAGCAAUAUUUGUCCCGUUUGUUCAGUUGAAUACCAAUCUAAGCAGCUUCUGAUCAAUCACCUGAGAGAGGAACACGAAUUUAAUUACGAAAACUCAAAGAGAAAUCAACAUCCACCACCACCCGCAGUCCAUUAUUGUCCAGUUUGUGGUCGAAGCUACUCCAAUGAAGGAUCUCUUCGUAAACAUUUAUCGACAGUUCAUGCUGAUGCAUUUAAUUUAACACAAAAUAAUUCAUCAUUCAACAAUAACAAUUUCACAACAUGUACCAUUUGCAAUAUUAAUUUUGCCACACACUCAGAUUUCUUAAAUCAUAUGGAACAAAUGAGAACAAAUCCAAGGCAUCAAUUCGAGGCUCAAAUCGUUCUUAGUUGCGCUGCAGCGGAAAGAAGAGCGCGUGAAGUGAAUAAUAACAUUAAUCGAGGCUCACUUAAUCAAUCUUUAAUUCUAUCACAAAUUGAAUUAGCCAAAUUUGAAGGACAACAUCACCUUGAAUCAUCAAAUGCUGCUCUUCUUAGUGUCACAAGGAAAGAUGCAGUUUCCCUACUUACUGGAUGCCAUCAAUCAAUUCACAAUAAUCACCAAUCCAAUAUUCAAUGACGCAACAUAAAUUAUCCCUCUCAUAAUUUAACUAUUAUCUCAUCUCAUCCACAUUUAAUUUAAUACGUAUAAAUGAAAUUUAAAUGAGAAUCUCUUUUUCUCAUCAUCAUUCAUCACCUUUCAAGACAUGCCAAAAAACACACAAGCAACAAUAACUGUCAAAAGAUUUUUUCGUCAAUUUCUUAUUUACAAAUACUUUUCGAUUGUCUUCAUCUUUCUCAUCAUCUUCUUCUAGUUAAAUUUAUCUUUUUUCUUUGUUUAUAAUCAUCACCAUCUUCAUCAUUCUCAUCAACAUCUACUACUAAUGCAACUUUACUCUCAAUCUCUUUUCCUUUGCCACUGAGUUUACUCAGCUCACACACACACACAAACACCUUUACACACAUUUCUUAAUGAAAAACAAAUUAACGAAACGCAAUGUUUAGUUGUACAUAAUUUAGUCAAAACCAAUCAAUCAACAAAUUGUCAAGCAAAUAUACAACAUUAAUACUAAGCACAAUUGUAACAAAAAAAAACUUUGCUCCAAAUUACAAAGUUGAUACCAUGUAAAACUGAAAAUCAGAUGGAUAACAUAACAAGUUUUUCUAAUUUGUGGAUUGUGGCAGUUAAUCAGAGAUUCUGUUAAUUGCUCUGUGAUAUAAUUCAAUCUGAUUUAUCUAAAUCAGAACAGGUUCCAUCUUAUAUUCUCUCUUUAUCUUUUUAAUUUGUGAAUCUCAAUCUAAACAAAAUCUUCCUCAUUUCUUUUGUUCAUUGUAAAUGGAAAAACAAUAGAAAACAAUUACACCUCUUCCCACCCACUUAA